UGGACAUGCGCAUUGCACUGGCUAUAGACUUUCCUUGUAUGGAAGUCAUCUAUAUUGUCAAGGUAGAGAAGACCAUUUUCAGAUUAUUCAGUGCAAAGAUAUGCAAAAUAAUAUUAAGGAAGUGAACAUUUUUGGUGAUGUACUUUCAUUCUCAAUAAUGAAUACCGGUUAAGGGCUAAUCUUAUUAGCGCCGGAAUUAACCUACUGUGGCUGUUUUUACAACCAGGCUACUGUGCGCAGGUAAAGCAAACGUCGACGCAACCAGCACUGUAUGUUUUCGCCACCCAAUUGCCAGUGGGCGUUUUGGGGCGUAGCCUAUAGAAAGCCAUCAGACGGUAUACGUUACAGUACUGGAGGGAAACGGGGCCAGUUUUAGAUCUGGACCUAACUAAUAACAGGGAUCAUGUUGAGUAAAAAAAUACGUACAGAGUACAUGAAGAAAUUCAAAGAGCCAAAAUGGGAGACGUUUUCAAAGUGCUAUGAGGAAUCUGUGAAAUACAGGUUGACUCGACGCGUGAUGGAGCAUGCGCACAAACCGUUAUGGUUCUGGGAAGGGUGGGACACCUCAACCGGGUCAGACUCCAGUGCCAGCGGGCGGUCAACCCCGAAGAUGAGGAACAAAGUUGUGCCUGUAGACGUCAGGCCCGAGACUCCAUCGUUGAAGUCCGAAUUAAGGGAAAGCCCAGAACCGAAGCAUCCUUUUGUGAAUGGGGAACUAGAACUGGAAGCCAAGGAGUUUACUCUCUUGGAUGCCUUACCACCCACAGCGGUGGUAAUAGAGAAUGGAAGCCUUAAUGAUCCAGACGAGGGGGCAGUUGGAGAGGCAGCAGCCCAAAACAGGAUGGCAGCUGAAAGCACGACAGACGAGGGCCCGGCUGAGAAGACGUCCUCCGACGAGGAGCCGGCGAAAGAGCCGAAGCGCCGCCACCGCACCCCCCGUGCAGAACUGUGUCACAGGGACGGUUCGCGGGACGAGAUCAGGCCGGGGCCUGUCCGCAAGCCCUCCAGGGCAAAGAGCCAGCCCCCGGCCCUCACCACGGAGAAGGAGAACCAACGAUCUUCGGCCAGGCUGGACUGGUCAGAGAGGCAGGCUUCAUCUGCUAGAAGGUCUACAAAUGAGAGUCGCACAUCUGACACAUUCGUCCAAUCCAGGCGAGGGUCCAAUAAACGAGCUACCAACCUAGACCGGAGGAGGGCGCGUUCAGCUGACCUGGAGAAGAUUCGUCAGGCAGAGUUGACCGUGGUGGAUGACCGUUGGAUGACUGAGUACAUGCGCUGCUUCUCUGCCCGGCUGAGGUAGAGCCUGAGGAUCAGUGGUAUACCACAGCCAUCGCUGACCAUUUGAUUUUUAACGCCCUCUUUCCUUACUGAGGAUUCGGAUAAUGGAAUGAGACAACUGGAUUGGCUUAGACAACUGUAAGGGCCCUGAGGUUUCAAGAUCAUUUGGUCCGACCAAGAAAACCUCUGGGCCCUGACAAUACAGUGUCUUCGAUUGGAUAAACUGAUCGCUGAGUGGGCCCAAUAACACCUUGCUUUCACUGGGAGGACACAAUCAUUAUUUAUUUCAAGUUAUUUAGCUUUGUUUUGAGAAAUUGCACAGUUUUGGGAAUUUGUAUGCAACUGUCUACAGAGUAUGAUUUGUACUGUAUUAAUGUCCAAGCAAGUCCAAGCAUGAUUAUUGUUUUACACUUGGUUUUAGUCUUUUGGGAUCACAGAGUAUACAUUAAUUGGUUAGAUGAAAAGUUCAAGCUGAUAUGGUUUAGAAUGUGGCUGUAUUUUGGAGCUACGCGAAGCCGUAGCCAAGCCGUUGCGGCAUUGUGCUACACAGAACCAACUGUUAGUGCGCUAAUACCUGGCAUUAGCUUUAUUGUAUUUGGUUGCAACUCAAAAAUCCAGUGUGCACUCCAGAUGAUUGUAUUAUUGUUUUCAUUGAAAUGUACAGCGGACAUUGCCGUAAGGUCGGAGAAACCUACUAGUAGACAUUGUGCAACAGUUAUUGAGCUAGCAACUCUGUUUUUUGUUCACUACAUCUUGGCAGCUUACCCCGCCAAUUUUUAUAUGUUUUUUCUUUUAGAAUCACAAACACUCAUUGCCUCACGUAUUGUAGACAGACUCAAAUUGCAAUGUAACAUGGUAAAGAAAUGUACUACGUCACCAAAUAAGCUAUUUUAGUUUUUGUCGCAACACACCAUCACCAUUGCCUUUUACUGGUUUUUGCAGAUUGAUAUUAUUGAUGGUUAUUCUUAUUGAAUUGUCAUGUCAGUAAGGUCAUGUUGGUAAUCUUUAUCUGUAAUUGAAAUUGAGGGCUAUUUUAAGUUGAAUUAAUAGAAAUGAAGUGUUUGAAAAGUAUUUGUAUUUGGAAAAAAAGGUUGUUGUGAGAAUAUUAGUUUAUAUACACUUUUUCUUUUUGUACCUAACAGUAAAACAGGGGAGCGGAAUACGUAUCGUCUCUGCGCAUGCGUACGCACAACGCUUAAAAGGCUACUUCUCUGGCACGAAUGACCAAUCAGUACAAUACUUGACAUAGUGCAUAAAUAGACAGAGGUUGUGACACAAGAUCAUUCCUUAAUGAUCAUUCCUUAAUGACGUAUCAUUGAGUUGCCCGUGGGGGCGACAUUUCAUUCGUGGGCAUAAUAAGUCUGCAGUUCCCCUUGUUUGCAGUUGGCAUUCAUAGUACUAUUCACUAUACACGUUUACAAUUUACUUUACACCAAACUGUCACAUUUUAUCUUAGCGUAGGAACGGUUCCUUACGAGAACGUCAGAAUUAAGUUUCCAAAACACUAUUGUGAAUAAUGCGUGUACAAUCAGAUGAAACCUGUCUGCCAGAGGGGAGAGGGUGUGUGGACGGUUUUGGUUUUAGGAGCAGACAGAGUCGGCAGGCAGGCUGUAUCUUACAGUCAAAUGAAAUGGCAAUCAUAAUUCAGAGUGGUCAAAGAUCUAUUGACAGUCAAGUGAUAUUUCCCUCGAAGAUCAUCUUAGGCUGAAAAAAAAACAUGAA